UGAGUGAGCCAGCAAUCAUGGCUUCAUGUUCGCCCACCAUUGCCGUUGCCCUCAUCCUUUCCUACUUCUCGUCGCCUGCAGCUGCCUUCAACAUCACCAGGCUACUCGGAGAGUUCUCCGAUUUCACAACGUUUAACAACCUCCUGUCGCAGACGAAGCUUGCGGAGGAUAUCAACCGCCGGCAGACCAUCACCGUGCUCGCCGUGGACAACGGCGCGGCGGGGGGCAUCUCCUCCCUCCCGUCCGACGUCCAGCGGAAGGUGCUCUCAAUGCAUGUCGUUCUCGACUACUACGACACCGCAAAGCUCGGGGCCAUCAAGAACCACUCCGCCCUGCUGACCACAAUGUUCCAGUCCUCCGGCAAGGCCACCGACCGCAUGGGCUUCCUCAACUUCACCAAGCGCUCCGACGGUGUCAUGCUGUUCGGCUCCGCCCAGCCUGGAGCGCAGAUGACAUCCCAUAUGGUGAAGUCAGUCGCUUCCCGCCCGUACAACAUCUCAGUGCUGCAGGUCAGCGACCCCAUCGUGCCGCCCGGCGUCGGAGGCUCCGCGGACAGCGGCGAGGCCACGGCGCCCGCGCCCGCAACUAAGGGAAAGAAGGAAGCUGCUCCGCCCAAUGAUAAGGAGGCCCCUGCUCCGGCACCGUCCGACGACGCCAGCACAGACGCACCUGCCGAUGCCCCUGGGCCGGCGGCGGACGGCCCAACGGCUGAUGGCCCUGCGGCGGACGGCCCAACGGCUGAUGGACCUGCGGCAGAUGGCCCCACGGCGGACGGCCCGGCACCUGACGCGCCGGCGCAUAAGAAGAGCAGCGACGAGGCGGCUGACGCGCCCGAGGGUUCAGCCGCUGGCAGAGUAGUGGCCGCUGCGGGUCUGGGAAUCGUGGCACUUCUGAUGACGAUCAUUUGACUAUGACGGCUAUUGCUGGAAAUUAGAAUGGAGCUUUCGUGAUUCGGGAUUGACAGUAAGCUGCACUCCUUCCUGUCACGAUGCACAGGCUUGUCCACCGACCCACAAACAGACUUAAAUUUGUUGUGGAUUCCAUGCAUUGGACAUAUCGUGCUCUGGAGGCUGGAGCACAGUUUCUAUUCUUUCUAUUUUCGUCUUCCCGCGAUGUACCGAUGAUGUUUUGUGUAGUGUGUGUAUAUAUAUAUAUAUACACACAGAGACCCUAGGUUUGUGCCGUUGCUCUAGGACAUUUAAACUUUUAUGUUAAAAACAUACCGAUUGCACGAUAAGAUAACAAUAUAUGAAAUUAAAUACUGAUGUUAAUGUAACAUUUAAUCUAAAAAUCAAGGUUUGUGAAA